AAAAACAUGAAAUAUACAAAUUAAAAUAAAAUAUGAGUGUUGAAAAAGAGAAAAACUUUAAAAUAAUGACAAAAAAUGAUGAUAGUAAAGGUAACAAAAAAAGCUUACGAUAUUUCCCAAUCAAAUUGAAUGAUGAGAAACAAGCCGCUCUAAGAGAAUUAUUCAAAGAUCAAUCAUUCGGCGAUAAGAAAUUAAUAUUUCUAUGUUCUAAUUCUAAAGACGACAUCUAUAACGAAUUGGUUAAAUCUAAUUCAACAGAUAAUAAUGAUUCGAAAUCGUGUUCAAUCUCCAAUGAUAGUAAUCUUCUAUCUGCAUUAGUUAAGAAGAGAUGCUCGUAUUCUAAUGAUAACAACGUAAAACCAAAGAAAAACUUGACGAACAAUGCUAAUGAAGAAACUAUGGAAAAUUGUUUAUCUAGUUCUAAAAACAAGACUAAAUCUCAUUUAAGAGUUGUCAGAAAGAAACGGAAAUCUUUUCCUUCGGACGAACUUCAUAUUCAAAGAGCUAAUGACAAUAUUCAGGGAAGACCUCCUUUUCCUGCUCCUGUUAUUCCAGAUACAAUAGAAUCUUUGAAAGCAGCAUCUUUUAAGUUAAAUCAAUUGGCUGAAGCAGCUGGCGAUGUUGAAGGUAGCGAUUCAUCAGGUGGCUUACGGAAGAAGUCUGUGACUUUUGCUAAAAAGAAUUCAGGUAUCGAAGAGAAAAAUCAAAAAUCAUCGGCUGCCAGUCUGUAAUGUUUAAUUAUCCUUUUCACUUUUAUCUCUUAUUAACUUUAUUAGAAACAAAUUCUAUGGAACCUACAUCACGCUCCUCUUCUAAGUACCAUCCGGAUAAAAUUCAAAUUGAUGUUCAAGAAAUUAGCCCAACUGGAAGUUCUACUGGAACUGAGAGGAAAUCGAAAACUUCGUCUAAGAGAAGAGAUUCAAAUGAAUAUUCAUUGCCAGGUACAGAUGAAAUUGGCUCCAAGGCGGAAUCGGAAAGGUCAAGCCUAGUAAAUUCCGGUUCCGAAGAUGCCAAGCGAUUGAAAAGCUUAGAGAUGUAUAAUGAGCGUCUGUCAACCAUAGACGAAAAGCAGUCGAUUUCAUCAUAUAGUAAAAAUCGUACUCAAGAAACUCGUGAAGAAGCAGAAAUUUUAUCAAAGAAGAUAUCAUCUGAUAAACAAACCAGAUCAAGUAAAAUUAGUUCAAGGAAAAAUGACGUAACCCCUUCAGAUGCGAGCAAAGUUAAAGAGUCUGAAGAAUCACCGAAAAAUAGUCAGUCAGAUACCGAAGAAAGUGAGAGUGAUAUAGGCCAGAGUGUUGAUGAGAUCAACGAAGAUGAAGAGGAUGAAGAUACCGUAGGAGACGAAGAUGACGAAGAAGAGGAAGAAGAUGAAAAUGAAGAGAACAAAGAGGGUGAAGAGGAACAAGAAUCAUUAAAGGAAGGAUCACAAAAUCUCAUUGAAAGCGAAAAAGAUAAUCUGGAGAGUGAACGUGAAAGAGUAAUCGAAAUAAAUUCAGUAUUAAAUGGAUCUGAUGAAACUAAAAAGUCAAAAAGUUCAACUAGAAGAACAACCAGUUCAUAUAAACGAAACUCAUCAAAACCAUCAGAUGAUAUUCAUAAAGAACAAACUAAAAGCUCUUCGAAGAUUACAAAUUCAAAGAAAUUAAGUUUACCUUCGUCAUCUAAAAUUCAAGAAAGCCAAACUACCCAAAAAACAAGUAAAAGUUUGUCGAGAAGAGAAACAAAUCGCAUGCAAAGUUUAAGGAAAUCUACUUUAAAAUCACAGGAAAGCCUCAGCGGAUUAAAUGAAGAAAGAAAAUCUUCUAAAAAUGAAUUUACUGAUAAUUCAUUAAAAGACAAGUUAGUUUCGAGUUUUGUGGAGAUAAUAUCGCAUUUAUCAGCUCAAAUAAAGAAAAGUGAUUCAGUUGAUUGUGAAACGCAAGAUAACAAAAAAGCAUUUCCCGAAGAGGAAGAAGUUGGAGAAGAGAAACAAGCAAGCGAACGAGAGGAGGGCGAAGAAACGACCGGAACAGAACUUUUAACAUCUGUAAAGAAAAUAAGAUGUACUUUGUCAUCCGAGAGACAAACGAAGGAAAACGAUGAAAGUUCACCACUAAAGAGCAUUGAAAAGAAAAGUUCGAAGCGAAAAUCAUCUUUAAGAGGUGGAUUGUACUCUGAGAAAAUCUCAAAAUCAAGCCACUGCAAACAGUCUGAAGUAGAGACAAACAGACAAAGAAAUUCAGAUAGCAAUGGAGAUGAGAAUUCGUAUGAUAACGAAUCUUCAAGUAGCAUUGUCCCUAUGUACUUGAAUGAAGAAGUUCUACAUGCUAUUAAUAAUUGUGUAAACAAGUGCUUGAAAAGGAAGUUAAGAAAAGUUCUUCCAAAUUGUGGUCCGAUGUGUGCUUCUCAACCAGAGAAUUUUUUAAGAACUUGUUGCCCGCCUACACUGCCUAAUAUUGCUAUAUGCGAUCUAAACGCUUUUCAAAAUCUUCAAAAGACUGUUGCUCCUACUGUGCCAGGUCAAAAUGUGAUAAAUCCUCAAACUACUCAAUGUAAACCAUUUAGCACAGAUAAAAACUUUAUUGAUAAAGCGUGCUCAGUGAUAAGUUUACCUACAAACAUUGGUGAAGAAAUGGAAACAUCGAAAGAAGAUGAUUUACUAUUGUCCGGUGGUGCUAAGGCAUUAAGCAUGAAAAAGGAAGAUGAAAACGUUAAUCCAGAAUACGAAGAGGAAGAUUUAUCAAGUUAUGUGUCUUCGUCAUCUUCAUCGUCAAGGACAAGAACUCUUGUUGACGUAGGAAGACAAGUAGAAAUUGGUACUCAAACAACUUUAAAAAGUAAUCCUCGCAUUAAACUAUCAUCUCAACAAAUUUUAAAUUGUCUUGAUGAAUGUAUUAAUUGGUCAACGGAAGAUGAAUGUGAGUCAACUAUGGAUCGUCCUUACAAUGAUAAUCAUACAGUGAGUCAGAUAUUACAGUCAGCUGCUUUUGUACCAGUUCCAGAAUGUGUGCAAAUAGGUAUACCAAAUGCAGAUGAGGCAAAUAAUUACUUAGGUAUAGGACAAAUAAAAAAUAAUUCAGUUUCGACGACAAAUUUUCAAAUAGCUCGGAAUAAGUCAAUUUGUAAAGGAUUUAGGAAUGCUUCGUGUAUGAAUUGUCAAAAACAAUGGGGAUAUGAUAUCUAUCCGAUACAUCAUUCUCAUUGUAUCCAUCAAUUUAGGCAACAAAAUUCUCAACAGCAAUUUAUGAAUGAACAAAGAGGAUUACGAGGAAAAUUGUCCAUUUCUACAAACGAUCUUCAAAAUUUAGGCUACGUCAUUUCAAAUCGUCAAGAUCUUAAUCAUUUUAGUAACAAAUUAGACGAAAAUGAAGAAAAAAUCGAAUUUCAUUCAAAAAUUUCAGCUGAUGUUCGAAAUCGAUAUCAGAUUAGAAGAGAUACAAAAUUUCCUGGAAGAUUUUCCAAAGAGUUAACAGAUACUUCUAUUCAUUCAAACAAACCUCCAAAUUGUUAGCAAAUUAUAAACUGCAAAAAAAAAGAAAAACGAAACAAUUUUCAAUUCGAUCAGCAAUAAUAAACAGCAACAAAGUGAAAAAAAAUGCAAACUUACUCUACUUUUUAUUGUUUGUUUGUUAAAG